AUGCCGCCUGUAGAUACCUUUGAUAUUCACGCUGGCUACCUCCCUCGGGGGGUCACUACGUCUCGAUAUCCCGGUGGGAUGGUCACUAAGCCCCGCAAGGCACGCAAGAAGUUGCAGGUGAUUGUUUGUGUACUUUUCGUUGAGCUUUUCGAGAGGUUCACCUUCUUCGGGAUUGUUUGCAACAUGAUCCUCUUCUGUACCAUCAAGCUGGGAUACAGCAAUUACCAAGCAGCCAUGGUAAAUACGUGCUUUGUGGGAUCCAGCAUACUCACACCUGUUCUUCUGGGAUGGUUUGCUGAGACCUGUCUGGGAAGGACUUCAGUUCUCUGUUUUUCUACUCUCCUUCAUUUCUUUGGCACUGCCAUGCUUCCAGUCGUCGCGUUCCCUUUUGAGGAUUUCUACAUAAACACAAAUAAUAUCAUGCAUCAUCUUGAACCUCAUGAGCAACAUAUCCUCUUCUACACAGGCCUUGUUGCUGUGGCCCUUGGCAUUGGUGGCAUCCGUGCCAUCCUCUGCCCACUGGCAGCCUAUCACCUUCAAGGUUGUGAUCGACACCAACUCUUGUCCUUCUUCAACUGGUGUUACUGGCUGGUCAAUCUGAAUUCUACAGUUGUUUUUUUGGGGAUUUCCUACAUUCAGCAGUCAGUGGCUAAAAACCUGUGCUUUCUUAUCCCAUUCACCUCGGUUCUCCUGGCCCUCAUCGCCAUACAUAUGGUGCGGAACAACCUCACCUUCCAUCCCAAAAAAGGCAGUUCUUUGCUGACGACACUGGGAGUUUUCCUGAAUUCUCUAAAAAUGUGUUGCCUCCAAUACCGUCAUUUGAGUGGAGAUGUAGCCAACUGGCUAGAUCGUGCCAAAGAAAACAAUGGGGGUCGUUACAGUGAGACCAUUGUGGAAAACGUCAAGAUACUGGUCAAACUGUUUCCUCUCUUUGGACUUCAGCUUCUAUAUCGAGCUUGCAUUACUCAGAUUCCGUCGGGCUAUUAUCUGCAGACGAUGCAUUCAAACUUGAAAUUCAAUGGCUUUCUCCUGCCAGUAGCAGUAAUGAAGGUGAUCAGUAUUCUUCCUGUGUUGUUCUUAGCACCACUGCUGGAGCUUAUGAACACCUGCUACCAGUCCGCAAAAAAAAGACUUCCCUCACCAGCCACAUUUAUAACUAUGGGCCAUGCUUGUGCAACCCUCUCUGCACUACUGGCAGGGAUCUCCGAGAUUCACAGGAAGGAUUACCAACAGGUGGAACAGACGAUAUCGGGAAAAGUCCUGCAAGUGUCCUCUAUGACUUGUUUCCAGCUUACACCCCAGUAUAUUUUACUGGGUGUGGCAGAGGCCUUUGUGAUGCCAGCAUGCUCUCUCAUCUCUUUCUGUCUGACACCCAGCAACCUUAGAGGCGUCUCCAUGCAUUUUCUGACCCUCUCAUAUGGAGGUGGCUGCUUCCUAGGGGCUUUCCUUAUUCACUUCUUUUAUUUUGUGUCAGGAGGAAACUUUUAUCCGAAUAACCUUAGCAGUGGCAACAUGGAGAGAUUUUUCUUUACACUGGCCACAUUAAUGGCCAUAAACACACUGGUGUUUUGGAGAAUAUCACAGAGGUACACAGAUUUGAGUGUGGAGCUGAGUAGCGGUGCAGGACAAAGUCACCUGUCUGAGAAACUCCUCCAGUAUAAGACCUGUCUCCGCUUCUACGACACAGUGGAACGCUCUGAAACAUUAUCCUCCAUGGAAACUGUCCUGUGA